AUGUUUGACAAAUAUCCUGCUGGUAUUCUCCAAGUUACAGUUAUCGAAGCCCGUGAUCUUCACGAUGAAGAUUUGGUUGGCCAAAAUGAUGCCUUUGUUGAAUUAUACCUUGAUAAGGACUACAAGCAAAGGACUUCUGUUGUAGACAAUUCCAAUAACCCUGUCUGGAACGAAACCUUCACAUUCAAUUUGGAAGAAGGUCGCCAUCACAAGCUUUAUUUGAAUGUCAUUGAUAAGGACCUUGUUGGAAGUGAUGAUAUUGGUGAAGGCAAGCUUGAGCUUGAAGAAGUCUUUAAUGGUACUCCUACUGAUACCUGGGUUAAGUUACCCGCCAAGUUGGGCUUGACUAGCCAUGGUGAAGUUCAUUUAUAUGUUCAAUUUACUCCCAACUAA